CCCCACCCCACCCUCCCCGGGCAAGGGCGAUGCUGGGCAUCCUCGGAGGCUGUGAACCCAGGUGCUUCUCGUCAGUGCUCUGGCUCACCCUCCACCGGCCGGCCCUGCCGGACCUUGCCGUUUGAUCCAGGGCCAGAGAAAGUCCAGCUCCCUGGCCCCCACCAUGAGUGCCGAGCUCAACGUCCCUGUGGACCCCUCCACCCCGGCCUGCCCUGAGCCCGGCCACAAGGGCAUGGAUUACCGCGACUGGGUCCGCCGCAGCUACCUGGAACUGGUCACCUCCAACCACCACUCAGUGCAGGCCCUGUCCUGGAGGAAGCUCUACCUGAGCAGGGCCAAGCUGAAGGCCUCCAGCAGGACCUCGGCCCUCCUCUCGGGCUUCGCCAUGGUGGCCAUGGUGGAGGUGCAGCUGGAGACGCAGUACCAGUACCCACCGCCGCUGCUCAUCGCCUUCAGCGCCUGCACCACGGUGCUGGUGGCCGUGCACCUGUUCGCCCUGCUCAUCAGCACCUGCAUCCUGCCCAACGUGGAGGCCGUGAGCAACAUCCACAACCUCAACUCCAUCAGCGAAUCGCCGCACGAGCGCAUGCACCCCUACAUUGAGCUGGCCUGGGGCUUCUCCACCGUGCUGGGCAUCCUGCUCUUCCUGGCUGAGGUGGUGUUGCUCUGCUGGAUCAAGUUCCUUCCCGUGGAUGCCAGGCGCCAGCCUGGCCCCACGCCAGGCUCCGGGGGCCACACAGGCUGGCAGGCUGCGCUGGUGUCCACCAUCAUCAUGGUGCCCGUGGGCCUCAUCUUCGUGGUCUUCACCAUCCACUUCUACCGCUCACUGGUGCGCCACAAGACAGAGCGCCACAACCGGGAGAUCGAGGAGCUUCACAAGCUCAAGGUGCAACUGGACGGGCACGAGCGCAGCCUGCAGGUGGUGUGAGGGCCGCGCAGGCGCCUGGGAUGACACCACCCACUGUACCAGAACGGCCGCAGCAGGGCUUCCAGAAACGCAGAUGCUCGCCAGGCUGCUGGAUGCGGCCAGGCAGGCCCCAACCAAAGUCUUACUCCUGUCUCGAUGCCAAAAUAACCCGGAAGCCUGAGCCAGCCCCUCAGAACAUGGCACUGCAGUGACGCGGGAGGCUGGGUUGCCAAGAGCUGUGGGCAGAGGAAGCCCAUGUGUCCCCUCAUGGGCUCUGGGCAGCACAGUGAGCGGAGAGUCUCGGAGACCAGAACCUGUGGCCAGCAGGGCCAGGGUCGUGGGUUCAGAGGUGGACCUCAUGACCACUUGCCAGUGCAUGGCUCCCCGAGGUUGGACAGGGCUGGGCCACUGAAGGGAACAGGACUCAGCUUGGCUUGGUGCUCCCCUCCUGGCCCUGGAAGGAGUGGGGCAGCCUGGCGGGGGCGGGAAGUGGGAGCCUGGCGCAUACGUUGGCCCCACAGGCGUGGGUGCUGCUGGGGUGAGGCUGCAGGGCCUAAGGGAGACUUCCCAGGCUCAGGCCCCGUUCCUGGGGCAGGUCAGUGUCUGUGGGCAUCCUGCAUGAUACCCUGCUAAGAAGCUGAGUUCACUGGGGGCUCCAAGGCGUGCCAGGCUCAGACAGUCUUUGCCAGCAGCCUGAAGCCUGGCCACACUGAUUUACUGAGGCCACCAGAAGGGGAAAGUACCCACCUGUCCAGAGGCUCCACCUCUUGACCACUAGAGGCCUGAGCCAGAGUGAGCCACUGCUUUGGGCUGCAUUAGCAGCAGGCUGGGCACUGGAGCCAUCCUGGCCUCCUGUGGCCCUGAAUGCUGAGAGGAGAUAGCCUGGGGUGUCAGCAGGGCCACUGACCCUGCUGGGCCUGUAGCAACCCAGUGUGGCCUCCUUGUUAGGACACUGUGCAGCCACAGGGAUGGCAAGGGCCCCAGUACACCCCUGCUGGGCCCACCAGGUCUUGGGGACACAGAUUCCCUCCCUGUUUACACACUGUGCAGUGUAGGGCUGGCGUCACCAAGGCAUCUGGUAGACCCUGCCCACGCUGCUGGCGUGCCCGUCAGUACUACUGCAUGAGCUCCCGUGGCACGCACAGCACCUGAGCUGCUCUGAAACCAUGUUUACCCCCUUUCCAGCAGCAGCCUGGAGAGGGGCGCCUCGUCUCUCAUUCUGUACAUAAACGGCCACUGGCUUCGUGUUCUGUUUACCUUCCUCAACAGCUUACUGUGGGCUUUGGGCCGGGCUGUGGGUCCUGGAGGGCCUGGUGAGGUCUCUGGAAAAGAGACAUGCUAUUGAGAAUGGAAUCCUUGACACACAGUUCUGAGAUGCUGAGGGGCCGUUGGGAAUCUGCCCAGGGAGCCUGAACACAGUGUCCCCUGGAGGGUGCCUCCACCCCCUACAGGCAUCUCUGCUCCCCUGGAGCCCUGCUGCGGAGGCCCUCGUGUUUGCUCUGCUCACGGGUGUGGGCAUCACUGAAAGAUGCUGCUCACGUCCUGGCAGGGGUGAAACGGGCUGGCCCUUCUGAAUGAGCGCCUCCCAGACCUGGGAGGGACAGAGGGCUUUUCCUCUGGCUGGAGCCUUUUGAGGCUCCUGAUGCCACUUUCCAGAACCAUCUGGUACCCCUGUCCCCAGGGCACCCAGCUCCUCAGGCUGGGCCACCUGCCCCAGUGCUGGCGGGGCAGGUGCUACCCUGGUCCACAGGCAGCGUUGGCCUGGCAGCCUAGACACCAGGUGCCUGUGCCGUCCUCGCGGUGGCUGUUCAGAUUUGGGGCGAACAGCCUCUGAGGGAAGAGAGAUGACCCUGCGGGAGGGGAACCUCAGGGCUGCCCUGAGCUUGUCCCAAGAUGGGGAUAACCUGCCAUUGGGAGUGGCACAGAAACCUCAGUGUGGCAGGCUGGAGGAUGGGGGGACAAUCAGGCUACAACUUGUUUCUGGAGGCAUAACCUGAUUUUGCAAAGUGUAGCCUCGGCCUGGUGACAGGCACUGCGGCCACCCCAGAGCCAGCACAGGCUUGCCCUGGUUUUGUUUAGCGUCCUUCCUGGUGCUGAGCCGAGAGCCCACAGGCAUGCCAGGCCCUGUGCAGUGAGGGCCGCAGGCCCCUGGCCCAUGCAAGUUGCAGGGUGUUUCUGGUGUAGAAGGGCAAAGGCUGGUGUCAUUAGUAUGUUCUCCGAAGGUCUGUCGAGGACAGACUGUGUGAGCCAGGUGGGUGGAGGCUCACUGCAGCCAGCGUUGGUACCACUGGUUACAUAUGUGUGAUGCUUGUGCAGAUCAUGCAAGGUGGCCUGACUCUGUCCUGUGCAUGGAUUUUUAACGGUCACCCUGGAUUGGAUGGAAUAAACCAGUAAAGCUGCUCCAA